AUGACCUGGCGUCGUUUUAUCAACAGCAGUCUGAAAAAAUCGCAUGGCGUUUUCGGAGAGGCCAGCGAAUAUCAUUUCUUGAAUCGAGAUCAGAACAUAGCAUAUCUUAAAGUCUUCGUGAAAGACGCAGAUACUUUUGAGUCAGCUAUUUCGACCUUCAUCUCCUCCGAGGAAUUGACAGAAGUUCCAGUACUGGCCUUGAUCUUGCAAAAGACAAACGACAUAAGCAAGCUCGAGGUGACGGAUGAUGACGUUCUGUGGCACAAGAUAGCGAUCUCUGAAGAAAUGGAAGAAAUGGAAGAAAUGGAAGAUACAUCAAUGACCUGA